AUGGCAACCACAACGACAUCAGCUGCGACUACGGGAAAGGGUAGUGUAACGUUGUCCCUUCAUCCACUAGUGAUUAUGAACAUCGCCGAACAUUACACACGCGUUCGAGUUCAAACGACUCGGACAACGUCGGUCUAUGGAGCAUUGUUAGGGAAAAUCAAAGGUCGACAUAUAGAACUAUGCAAUACUUUUGAGUUUAAAUUGGCAGAUGUCUCCACUGCAACGACUAGGGCUAGCGUGACGAUUGAUAUGGAAUUUUUAACGAAAAAACUCGAAUUAAUCAAACAGGUUCAUCCCGAUCUUGACUUUACCGGUUGGUAUACAGUGGAAGGCAAAGACUGGAAUUCUUCGAUCAUGAGUUCGUUCUACAGUCAACUUGCGUCACUCAAUGAAAGCCCGCUUCUUCUUCGACUCGAUCCUAUUGGUGUAUCGAACGAAUUGCCAAUUCAUGCUUAUGAAACCAUCGUCGAUUUAGGAACGAAAAUCGACUUUAUCGAAAUCUCGUACACACUUAUUACUGAAGAAGCUGAACGUAUUGGCAUUGACCACGUAGCCCGAUACUCUGUAACUGACGGCACAUCUGAUACUUCGAUCGUAUCUGAUCAAAUCGCGAUACAGUACAAUGCUAUUCGUUUACUUUAUCAGCGCAUGCUGGUUCUACUGGAGUAUGUGCGAGCUAUUAAACAGGGUCAGCUAGAAAGAAACGACGAUCUACUACGCGAAAUCGCUUCGUUAUGUCAACGUCUGCCAAUAAUCAAUACUGAUGAUAACACCAAUCAAACAUUUCGCGAAGAUUUCGAUAUUCAACAAUCCGAUGUUGCUCUGCUAGCAUUGUUAGCAUGCUGUACACAAGAAAUCAGUACAUUGAAUGACUACUUAAACAAAUUUCAAGUUGUGCAUGACAAACAACAGCAUUCAUCUGGUCCCGGUGGUAGUUUUGGAUAUGGAAGUGGGGGUCGUCGAAUGGUUCGUGGUGGUGCUUAUUUUCCAGCUUCGUUUGUCUGA